AGACUUAGUUGUCUAUAUUAACAUGCUAACAUGAGUCCGUCUAUAUAACACUUGUGUGUCUCUCUUCUUCUCCCCUUGAUAUCUUUUCCCCAAAUGCCGAGCACACCAAAAGCCUAGAAGAGACAUGGCAAUGGCUAUGGCCGCUGUCCUCCUCCUCUUCGUCCUUGCCGCUCCUGCCGUACACUCCCUGCAGUACAAUGUUACGUGGAACCUGGAGAUUAAUUAUAACUCUUGGGCCGCUGGUAAAACAUUCACCGUCGGCGACACCCUAGUCUUCACUUACACUACUGAACAUGCGGUGGACGUGGUAGAUCAAAGUGAGUACGCCAGCUGCAAUUCCUGGAAUGCCCUCCACUCCUACACCGGCGGACAAACCGCCAUUUCCCUCGCCACCUCCGGCCCGAUGUACUUCCUAUGCCCCAUUCAGGGCCACUGCCAGGCCGGCAUGAAGCUCGGCAUCACCGUCGUGGCGGCGGCGGCCUCACCCACCGCCCCGACGACGACACCACCCCCCACCUCAACCACCACCCCGAAACCCCCCGCCUCAGCCACCACCCCGAAACCCCCCGCCUCAACCACCACCCCGACAUCGACACCAUCCCCCUCCCCUUCCGUUUCACCAGCGCCAACCGUCACGUCACCAUCGGGUUCCCCCUCCUCCAGUCCAUCGCCGACUGCCAGCACUACUCCGGUCUUCACCGCUGCCGCCAGCUCACCGAAGUCGUCAAGUGGAGCAGGGGGUAUGAUUGGAAAUAUGGGUUCUUUGGUGGUAACUGGGUUUUCCGUUGUUGUGGCAGGUUUGGUUGGGUUUAUGGGCUAGGGAAGAGGCAGUGCUAACCCGAAGGGGUUUGGUCAAGUGAUAGUGAAAAAACAAUAAGUGCUACUCUAUGAAGUUACAUGUUCAUUAAUAGAGAUUUUUUUUUAAGUACGAUUAAUAGAGUUGUUUUAGUUGAUUGAUCA